GCUCAUGACUGUCUUACUCUGAGUCUGUGUAGACAAGUAAAGGGAGCAUCUUCCCAUGCUCCUCUCCUCCAGCUCCACAUCUUCCUUGGUGAGGGGACCCUUUGGAACCAGAGUUCUCAUCUACUGCCGUGUCUUCAGCUCUUGGUACUUCCCUACAUACCUCCCGGAAUUCUGAAGGGGUGCAGACAUGGCAGGCAAUGCAGCAGACAACGCCAACCACCUGCCCUACUUUUUUGGCAACAUCACCCGGGAAGAGGCUGAAGACUACCUGGUCCAGGGAGGCAUGACAGAUGGGCUCUACCUGCUGCGCCAGAGUCGCAAUUACCUGGGUGGUUUUGCUUUGUCAGUGGCACACAACAGGAAGGCCCACCACUACACCAUCGAGAGGGAACUUAAUGGUACCUAUGCCAUCUCCGGUGGCAGGACACACGCCAGCCCGGCAGACCUCUGCCAUUACCACUCCCAGGAAACCGAUGGCCUCAUCUGCCUCCUCAAGAAGCCCUUCAACCGGCCCCAGGGGGUACAACCCAAGACCGGACCUUUUGAGGACCUGAAGGAGAACCUCAUCAGGGAAUAUGUGAAACAGACCUGGAACCUUCAGGGCCAGGCUCUGGAGCAAGCCAUCAUCAGCCAGAAGCCACAACUGGAGAAGCUGAUCGCCACCACUGCCCAUGAGAAGAUGCCCUGGUUCCAUGGCAACAUCUCCAGAGAUGAAUCAGAGCAGACAGUCCUCAUAGGAUCAAAGAUCAAUGGAAAAUUCCUGAUCAGGGCCAGAGACAACAAUGGCUCCUACGCUCUGUGCCUGCUGCAUGAGGGGAAGGUGCUGCACUACCGAAUCGACAGGGACAAGACGGGGAAGCUCUCCAUCCCUGAGGGCAAGAAGUUCGACACCCUCUGGCAGCUAGUGGAGCAUUACUCUUACAAGCCGGACGGACUGUUAAGAGUCCUCACUGUACCGUGCCAAAAGAUUGGCGAACAGAUGGGUCACCAACAGAGUUCAAAUGCCCACCCUGUGAGUUGGUCACCAGGUGGAAUAAUCUCAAGAAUCAAAUCCUACUCCUUCCCAAAGCCUGGCCACAAAAAGCCUGUCCCUCCACAAGGUAGCCGUCCUGAGAGCACUGUGUCCUUCAACCCCUAUGAGCCAACGGCAGGGCCCUGGGGCCCGGACAGAGGCCUUCAGAGAGAAGCCCUGCCCAUGGACACGGAGGUGUAUGAGAGCCCUUAUGCUGACCCUGAGGAGAUCCGGCCCAAAGAGGUCUACCUAGACAGAAGCCUGCUGACCCUGGAGGACAGUGAGCUGGGCUCUGGUAACUUUGGGACCGUGAAAAAGGGAUACUACCAAAUGAAAAAAGUUGUGAAAACAGUGGCUGUGAAAAUCCUGAAGAAUGAGGCCAAUGACCCUGCCCUGAAGGAUGAGCUGUUGGCAGAGGCUAACGUCAUGCAGCAGCUGGACAACCCCUACAUUGUGCGCAUGAUCGGGAUCUGCGAGGCCGAGUCCUGGAUGCUGGUGAUGGAGAUGGCGGAGCUGGGGCCCCUCAACAAGUACCUGCAACAGAACAGGCACAUCAAGGAUAAGAACAUCAUUGAGUUGGUUCACCAGGUUUCCAUGGGAAUGAAGUAUUUAGAAGAGAGCAAUUUCGUGCACAGAGAUCUGGCUGCGAGGAACGUGCUUCUGGUCACCCAGCAUUAUGCCAAGAUCAGUGAUUUCGGUCUUUCCAAAGCCCUUCGUGCUGAUGAAAACUACUAUAAGGCCCAGACCCACGGGAAGUGGCCCGUGAAGUGGUAUGCCCCUGAAUGCAUCAACUACUACAAGUUCUCCAGCAAGAGUGACGUCUGGAGCUUCGGAGUCCUGAUGUGGGAAGCAUUCUCCUAUGGGCAAAAGCCUUACAGAGGGAUGAAAGGGAGUGAGGUGACUGCCAUGCUAGAGAAAGGGGAGCGUAUGGGGUGCCCUCCAGGAUGCCCCAGAGAGAUGUACGACCUGAUGAACCUUUGCUGGACCUAUGAGGUAGAGAACAGGCCUGGAUUCACAGCUGUAGAACUGCGGCUUCGCAAUUACUACUAUGAUGUGGUUAACUAACUGCUUGGGUGCCUGUCCUUGGCCACCGUGGAUCCUCAAGCGAUCACAGAAACUUCAUUCAGAUGAACUGGCUUUCAGAGUUUCGUUUCCCUCUGCCCAGGGUGAGAGCACAGUGAGUCUGGCCCAAAAAACAGACCAGCAGCAAGACCUUGGGACCUACGGAUUCGUCUCUGGUUUUCGUUUCCAUCUGUGUGGUUUUGAUUAUGGGUCACAUUUGGGAACCGUUUCCAAAUCUUCACAACGUUACCAUUCCUCCCUCCGGGUCCAGGAUUGCAAUGUUCUCCUGCAGAUCGGGAAAGCGCUAUGGCACUUAAGCAAAGGAAAUAAAGAGAAAACCAACCUGUGCAGCUGGCAAGCACGAAGGUGGUUAAGGAAAACAACAAGCCUGGAUACUGUUUUUUGCAUUCACACUGGAAACAGAAAUACCACACAGAUGAGACACACUGAUAUGGCUCUGGAGUCUGCCUUCCUGCAAAGGGACUUGAAGUCUGUCCCUGUAUGCUUGCAGGAAGAGGUGUAAAUAACGCUCUGCAUGGAGGCUGCCAGGGAAGGUGGCUCCCUUGAUCCUCUGAGUGUGUCAGACUCCCUGCCUUCUGCAGAGGGAGUGCAGCCCAGGAUCCCUUCUGAGUCCAUGAUGGCCUGUGUGUCUGUUAGGUGUUGUUCUCAUUGCUCACAAAGACCCGACAACAAUUGAAGGGAGGAAGGGUCUGUUUGGGCUCCUGGUUGGGAAAGGCCAUCGUGAUUAAAAAGACAUUACAACAGGAAGGAAAGGCUUGGUGGCCCGAGCAGGAAGCUAGAAGGUCCCCUGGCAUCCACACUCAGGAAGCAAAGGGUGAAGAGGAACUGGGGUCAGGCUAUAAGGCCUCAGAGCGGCCACCACCCCAGUGACCCACUUCCUUCAGCCAGGCCCUACCUCCCAAAGGUUUCACAAGCUUCCUAGACAGUGAGUGCCACCAGCCGGGGACCAAGUGUUCAAAUAUGUGAGCCUUGAUGGGGGAGGGGAAUUUCACAUUUCCAGAACAGGAUCUUGAAAUUUCUAUUGCUAUAACUGAGCACCUUGAAGGGGAUGCACAAAGAAAAGGAAUGUAUCUGUUAGACAUGUGUCCAUCCUUUCUGUUCGAAACCUCCCCAGUGAGGUGCAGCACAAGGCAGGGGCCUUCCUCCAGGGUUGAACAGUGUGAUGCCCUGGCAGAGCAGCUGGACCAUCGCAGGCCUCUCCUCCUCUCAUGAAAGCCCUGAUCCCACCUCAGGGUCCCCCUCAGGACCCCUCCUCAUCCCCCAAAGGCCCCAUCUCCAAACACCAUUCAAGUGACUAGAUCUUCAACACAUGGAGCCUGGGGGUGGGGGGGGACACAUUCAUACCAGAGCAAAGGGCAAUAUGGUAACCAAGGCCAUCUCAAGAUGAGUUUCUGAAUGGAAUUUUAAUUGACAAUAAAACCAGAGAUUUGAUCUUUACCACAAUGAAGCCUUGCUAAGUGCAAUUCCGAGCUGAGGACAUGUGACCUGAGAAUUUCACUCCAUCCUCCUAGACUGGGCUUAUGUGUGGCUGACUUUUUGAUCAUACACAAAGUGUCAACCAUUUGUAGCACUUUUGCUGAAGACUUACAAUUGCAAAGGCUGCAUACAUUUGUUCUGUGUCUGGAAAUACAUAUAGAUGUGGGCCUCUUCACCUCCGAAACACUGUGACGUACACAGGCAGGGAUGGUACAGGAAGCCCUGCUGUGGGUGAGGAAUGGAGAGAGGGUACAAUUGGUGCCUUUCAGACUACAGACACAAUAAACUUAGCCCCUCUAAGGCAAGAGUCUUUUAAAGCAUAGUUAAGAAGUAGAAUACAUCAAUGUGUCUUGGAAUUGUGCUGACAGAUCAAUCGUCUUGUUAAAGAGGGAACCCCUGUAUGUUGAACUCACUGAGCAGACCUACAGAACACAGAAUUGAAGUCCCAAAGGGUCAGGCCACUUGCAGAUUUAGAGUCAGGAAAGCAAGGGGCCGAUAUAUUGUUUAUGGAGACAGGACCAUCUGGACCACACCUGAGCAAGUUCUCUGCCUCCGCCUUCCCCUGUCUCCAGGGUGGGGCUAUAAAAAAGGUCACUUUGCAGGUUGGGAAGUACGUGUGUGAGGACCCCGUGGAAGCCUCUUAUUCUCUCUGGCCUCCCUGGCACUGUCCCUCCUUUCCAGGGGUUUGGGACUGACCAUUGUCUAGAUAUGACUGAGCAGGACGGAGGCAGGGCCUUUGCCUUCCUCUAGAAGACCAAGACAGCUUCUCAUGUGCAGGAAUCGCACUGUGGCCAGUGUUCGGCACUCUCAUCUAGUGAAAAUCCUGCCUUGCUGUCAAGAUUAAUUCUCUCCCCUGGGGCCACAGAGGAGGGCAGGACCAAGAGCAGAUCCUCCCUGGAUGAUCUAGACUAUGGAUGCUCGAAAUUUGCAAGGUCAGAACAGCCAAGGUCCUUAGCUGGGUCUCUUUUCAUGAGCUGCCUCUGAUGACCGGAGCCCUUUCUACCUGGCAGCCAGGCUCAUCGUGUGCCUUUGACCUAUGACCCUUUGUUGGCAGAGUGCAAGGAGCAUCCUAAGCUGCCUCAUCACACCCCGCUGGCUGCAAAUACCAAGUACCUCAUGCAGAAGCGAAUAUCCCUCCAGCAAACACCCUGUAAAACCUCCUUUGGGGGUCCUGGAAUGAAGUUAAGGUUUACAUAGAGGACCAGACAUGCGUCUCUAUGUCCCUGUCAAUGUGUGGUCCCACCCAUCAACACGUCUCAACUUGUCUCCUGAAAACCAAUCCGACACACCAUAAACCUCUCUCUGGGAGACAAGCUCCCCUUGCUGGCACCAGGCUUCAGCCUUUUCCUUCUAGCAUGAGACUCCCAGGGAAAUUUCAGUUUCUUGGCAUGCAGACUUGAA